GUUACGUACCCAUCCACGCUUUGACCUGGACCUACCCACCUAGUAUCAGUGGCUGGUAAUCGCAUCCAAUGCAGCCCAAGUAUAUUGCAUCACGUGAUAACGAGGGAUUGGUGAAGCAUAAUCAUAUGCAUUCACAGCACCUCUCUGAUAAACCCAAGUAUCGCCUCAAAGAUGUCAUGGCCCUCAGUAUGGUAGCCAAGCUUUUAAAUGAUUAGCAGAUCAAUCCAAUCAUAGUCAGCUUUGCCUGACUUCAGGCUUCUAAUCAUACCUCCAAACAUGCCAAUACCCGAGUCAAUAGUAUCAUUCUAUCUUCGAACACGACUAUGGCUAGGCAAAAAGCGCUACGGCACCUUCUCACCAAGCGUAGUAAGAGUGAGCUCCACGCGACUAAUCAAAGGACCAUGUUUCCCCGCCGAACUAGAAGGUCUAAGAUUCGUCACGCAACACACCACCAUCCCCGUCCCCAGAGUCCACCGCACAUACCCAGCCAACGAGGGACGCGUCUAUAUCGAAAUGGACUACAUCAAAGGCGACACUCUUCAAGAAGUAUGGCGCAACCCCAACUUCACAUCCACGAACAAACAAGCAGUGAUCAACGAAGUUGCUAGCUACAUCGACCAACUCCGACAGCUCACACCACCACAGGAAGGCGUUGUAGCUUCCGCAGAACUAGGAGAAUGUUAUGACAUCCGAGUGGGAAGCUGGCCCUUUGGGCCGUUCAAAACCGUUAACGAAUUUCAUGAUUUCCUGCGCGGGACGAUCCCGAUAGAAGAUACUACGAAGGUAUAUGGCGAAGCUGUCACGAAGUGUCAUGAACGAUCUGGAUCAUACUAUCGGACGUGUUUCACACAUGCGGAUAUCGCUAAGAGGAAUAUCAUUGUUCGUGAUGGGAAGGUGGCUGGGAUCGUUGAUUGGCAGUUUUCCGGGUGGUUUCCGGAGUAUUGGGAUUAUACGAAGGCGUUUUAUACGCUUUAUAAUAUUCCGGAUUGGUAUAAUGGGUUGAAGGAGGUGAUGAGGAGGUAUGAUGAUGAAUUAGACGCGGAGAGGGUGCUUUGGAAAAGGUUUGAUCAGCCCGGGGAUCUUCUUAGGACUAGGUAUUAUGGUGGUAGUAGGAAUGGGUAGGGAUGUGUAAUUUUCUUUUUCUCUUUUCUGUUUCUUUUCGUUC